CUGUCAUUACAUGGCAGCUCUCUAUCUAACAGCACACCCCAAAGACGACUAACAGCGGCUCUGAGUGUGGUUUUUCAUUGAUGGGAAAGCCGCGCGCGGACGUUAAGGACGCGGUGCCGAAAGAGUUAAUCGGAUGUGGAAGACGGCGCUGAGCUGCCAUGGAUCCACUUUGGGAGAGAUGCGGCGCCUCCUCACGCAGCUGAGCGGGAGCAUCGCGGCGGAGUCUCCAGCUGACCGAACGGACUCCGGUCGAAUACUUGUUGAUCCUCGAGCCCGACGGCGGCGGCGCGCGAUGCAGAGCAGCAGACCGGCGGCUGGGCGGUAGAUCCUUCUGCCAUGUCGGAGGCAGAAGAAGGGGACAUGGAUUGGGUUAAACCAUGGCAAUAGCAAACCAACAACGUCGCCUCUUCUGUUUUCUUUUUUCUUUAAUGCUGCUGCUUCCUCUCCGCUUGUGCACGGGGCGAUGCGCGCUGGUUUGCCUCAGCGCAGGAUGACAACUCACUACGGUAAAAUUAUGAAAGAAAACAGAAACAACUGUAGUCCACAGCCCUGGAUGUCUGCCUGAUUCCUCAACUUAAAGUCACCAUGGAUAAAUCCUUGGCCGAGUUGAAUAAAGCUGGCUCUCAGUCAACAUCCUCUCUGCCCCCUGAACCGGUGGACAUCAUUCGCAGCAAGUCAUGUUUUCGCAGAGUCAGGCUGAACGUUGGGGGUCUCCCACAUGAGGUUUUGUGGCGAACAUUAGAUAGGCUACCACGAACACGUCUUGGAAAGUUGAGAGAUUGCAACACCCACGAAUCUCUGAUGGAAGUGUGCGAUGACUACAACCUCGAGGAGAACGAGUACUUUUUUGAUCGACAUCCAGGGGCGUUCACCUCAAUUUUGAACUUCUACCGCACGGGUAAGCUGCACAUGAUGGAGGAAAUGUGCGCCCUGUCCUUCAGUCAAGAACUCGACUACUGGGGCAUUGAUGAGAUCUACCUAGAGUCCUGCUGCCAGGCCAGGUACCAUCAGAAGAAGGAGCAAAUGAAUGAGGAGCUCAAACGAGAGGCCGACAACAUGAAGGACAGAGACGGAGAAGAGUUUGACAACACUUGCUGUGCCGAAAAGCGAAAGAAGCUUUGGGACCUUCUGGAAAAGCCAAGCUCAUCUGUUGCGGCGAAGAUCCUGGCCAUUAUCUCCAUCCUCUUCAUCGUUCUAUCCACCAUUGCCUUGUCUCUGAACACCCUUCCGGAGCUGCAGGACACGGAUGAGUUUGGCCAGUCUUCAGACAACCCACAACUGGCCCAUGUGGAAGCUGUGUGCAUUGCCUGGUUUACCAUGGAGUACCUGCUUCGCUUCCUCUCCUCUCCCAACAAGUGGAAGUUCUUUAAGGGUCCUCUGAAUGUCAUUGACCUGCUGGCCAUCUUGCCAUACUACGUCACCAUAUUCUUGACAGAAUCCAACAAGAGUGUACUUCAAUUUCAGAAUGUCCGCCGCGUGGUUCAGAUUUUUCGAAUCAUGCGCAUCCUACGUAUUUUAAAGUUGGCUCGUCACUCGACAGGUCUUCAGUCUCUAGGCUUCACUCUUAAGAGGAGUUACAAUGAGCUGGGCCUGCUAAUUCUUUUCCUAGCCAUGGGCAUCAUGAUCUUCUCUAGUCUUGUGUUCUUUGCGGAGAAGGAUGAGGAGGACACAAAGUUUAAAAGCAUUCCAGCUUCUUUCUGGUGGGCUACUAUUACUAUGACCACCGUAGGCUAUGGAGAUAUUUACCCCAAAACUCUACUGGGAAAGAUAGUGGGGGGUUUAUGCUGCAUAGCUGGAGUGCUUGUGAUUGCCUUACCAAUUCCUAUUAUUGUAAAUAACUUCUCAGAAUUCUACAAGGAGCAGAAGAGGCAGGAAAAAGCACUUAAACGAAGAGAGGCCCUAGAGAGGGCAAAGAGAAAUGGUAGCAUUGUCUCAAUGAACUUGAAAGAAGCAUUUGCUCGUAGUGCAGAACUGAUGGAUGUGGUGGUGGAGAAGAGUGAGAGGCCACACGACAACAAUCUCUCUCCAAGCCGUUGGAAAUGGACCCCCAAAAGAGCUGCAUCGGAGACAAGCUCAAACCGUUCCUUCAACGCCCAGGAGCAAGGCUCUCCCAGCAAGGCCCAAGCUACCAGUCCCCAAAGGCUAAACGUGCAGAAGCUCGAGGAGAUGUACAACCAGAUGGCCAAGACACAAUCCCAGCCAAACCUCAAUGCUAAAGAGAGGGGCUCCAGAAUUGGAAAACCAAGGGAUGAGAUAGAGCUGGGGGCGAUCCAAGAUCGCGGGCCACCGGUGACAGGAGUCAGAGAAGGAGUGGGGGACAUGAAAAGCUUGUCCAGCAUUGACAGCUACAUCAGUUGUGCUACAGACUUCCAAGAGAAUCCCACACGAUACCCCCACAGUCCUGCAAUGGAACUUGGUCUUCAGGAAAGCAACCGGUACCCCUACAGUCCGGCUUCAGCUUUCUCUCAGCACAGCAGCACAAAAUCAGGCCAAAAAAACAUCGGGGAGCGUGAACCUAUUCUGACCCCUGUGUCCAUCAUAAAGCCCUCGUGCACAGAGAAUACACGGAGGUUCUUCUUUUCUGGCAACUCAAAAAGUCUUAAGCCCAAAGGAGGCUGUCUCAGCGAUGGGGGAUCAGGCCCGUCCCCUCUCUCGGACAGCUCAGUCAUGUCGGACAACUCCCUAUUGAGCCCCGAAGUCUCUGUCUACACCACUGCCAGCAGCAGGACUCCACCAAAGUCCCCGGAGAGCACCACACUGGCCGCGACCGUCUUCACCUUUCACGACUCCUCCAUCAGCAAAUACAUCGACGCUGAUACAGACGAUGACGAGCACCUUCGCGACAUCUCUGACAUCAGCCCCUCAGAGUGUCUUCUGGCCGGUUCGAGCCCAAAACGAGGCAUCAAUUCUCAGAAAGGCUGCAACCAUUUAGAAGCAGCCCAAAAAAUGCUAGGCCAUAACUGUCUGUUCCCCAUUGAAGGGAUUCGCGGAGGGACUCACGAGAAUCACGUAGUACCUGAGAUGGCACGAAGACCAAAGGUUGAGAGGGGGCGUCAAAAUACUUUGGAUAAAAGCCUCUGAAGUACAAGUGCAGCAGAAAUAAACAGGAUAAUGUGGCCAGGGUGUUUGUGAUGGAGAAAACAGACAAUCUUAAAACACUCUAUAAGACAGAGGAAUGGGAAGUGGAAGAGACAAAGGGUCUCACCAAAACAUUCCACACAUUACCUGAGCGUGCCAUCGGGUACUAGGCUCGGGGCCGAGAUGUGUGCUGAAUACUCUGGGAGAAAAACCCUACUAAUUCGUAGAAUGUCACUGCCCCUCCUUCAACUCAUUCCUAUUAGUGUUAUUAGACAAAAGGAAAGCACUCCCAGGUAGCCAACGGGUCUGUUCAUUUACUCACAAGGAGGCAGAGGAGUCCGAGAAAUUGAAACAUGGCUAAAACUGGUGUGACCAAACUGAAUGGUGGUUUAGCGGCAUGGGGGCGGGGGGGGGGGGUUUCUCUAAACUCUCUAGGGACAGAAAUCCCAGCAGCCCACUAUCCCAAUACGGAGUCACGAUUCAUUUUGUAGACACGGAGAUACAGGAGAGGACCUAGAAGCCUAUAAGCUACUUACGUGUGCCCUCCAUUCCAAAAACUGGCCUUAGUCAUUUACAUUUGUAGGGGUGUGCACAUCUGGAUAUACUGUAAGCGUGUGUGCGUGCACAUUGUGAGUGAGUGUGAAUGUUGACGGGUGAUCUAACGGUAGUUCAUACACACUCUUGAGAUUGUCUUACUUGAUUUAUUUUUAUAUAGUCUAGAUAAAAGAAAGUUAAUUAUUGAAAUGUAUGAUUUGCUAGUCUGCUGUGUCAUAUGUGAAGAGUCAUUCUGUGUAAAAUGCAAUGUCUUGGCACAAAGGCUGCAGCUCGAGCCAGUCAUCCAUAAUAAGGCGUUCUCUUUCUUUAACAGUAUUUUGCCAUCCCCCAUGUUAUCAUUCCAUGGUUAGAAUAGCCAAUCCUUUCAAAUCUCCACCAGUAAAUAUUGUCUUUGCAUCUCAGUAUCCUCUUUUGAGGGAUGGCAGCAGACCAUGACUUUUUGAGAACAACAAAAGAGGCAGAAGUUAUAAUCUCGAUAGUUGCACAAAGCGCAGGUUUAUGCAUGCACGGUCAACGUACAAAAGCAUGAGAAACUUUUAUCAAUGAAAAAUAUGAAAGAUUCUCUAGAUAUCAUUUGUUUAUGUUUACCAUUUAUGUUUACUGACACAAAGUUCAGAUUACAGUUACAGAUGUUCAGCAUGAAUUGGCCUUCCAUUGGCGAACACAAAAGCAUCCAAAGGGAUCACACUCAGAUAAUGGAAUAUACGUGUAUUUUUAGAAAUGUCGUUUUCCAUUUCCUCUUUCUUCCUUUUAUUCUCAAAAUAAACUUUAUUGGCACGAAAUACACUUUAAUGACACAAAAUAAACGCCGCUGAGUUAACCAUACCAUAGAUCGGCUGCUCAAUGCCUGGCCGGACCCAUGCAUGACCAAACCCACUUAAGACAUAGAAGUAUGAGAGACAAUUUUCUGGAUAUAUAGACAGAUUUAGUUUCCAUGGAAACAGAAGCUGUUGUCAUUGCUGUUUUCAAAGGCUGACAGCCGCUCAGGAACGUCUGUUAAUUGGGGCGGGAAGGACUUGAUUGCAUGUAACCUAUGUUCAACACAUAUACAAGAAGACACACACACAUAGGCAUGUACCCGUUAAGUGACAAUAAGCAGUCACAUGUUAGCAGCCACUCCUCACUGCGCAUAUUAAGUACUGUGUAAAAACAGCGUUAUGAUGUACGGACCUUGUACGUUUCUAUGUCUAAAAUCUAAUUUCAGAAAUACGACAAUUACCCUGAAUGCAUUCUCUAUCUGCUUAAAUUCCAAAAAGAAAUAGUCUUACAUAUUCCUGACAAUUAUUAUUAUUAUAUAAAUUACACAGCACUAAAUUCAGAGGGACAAAAGUCCUAUUUAUUUCAAACAUUAUACCAACCUUGAAAAUGUCAGCGCAUCGAGAACAAAAUCUCAAAGAAAAUUUACUUAACUGUAAAAGCUUUUGGACACAAGCUGAGAGAUAUAAAUAAUAGAGUUCAUUGCACUAAUAUAAAUGUAGGCGUUGAGUAAAAUGUUAGUCCAAAGUCAAAAGAAGAACAUCGUCGAAUGUACUUUAGUGUUGUUAAGAGUCUCAUCACAAACCCUGAUUUAAUUUCUUGUUUUAAUCACAGAGUUGAACCAUUUCAUAUUGCUCUCCCAUAGUGAGAGGCGCAGAGGUGUGGAAGGAAUAGCAAUGACUAUGCGAGGCCGAGUGAACGUGUGUGCUGGGAGUGAAGCCAGGGCAUUAGAGCCGUGCCGCUUAAUGGAAAAGAAUGAGCUGCACCUCGGGGGGAAACCUGCUUCUGUUGCCCUCAUAUUCUAACUGCAGUUCAGACUGACAUGCAACUGUAGCACAAGUUCCAAUCCAAUCAUAUGUUAUAUUAAGAUUACUUUAUUUUUAGUGUGCAGGUUUAUUCACUGCUUAGAAGAGGGGAGGGAUAUUUUAUGACUCUCAACACACACCAUAUAAUUAGGCACGGAUGGAUGUUUGAGCUGGUGAAAAUUUCCUUGUAUGCAGCGUCAGCAGAAAGUUCUAUUUUAUUUAAGAAAAAUAUCUAUUCAAAUAUCUUAUCGUUUUUUGCACUUCUGCUAAUGUUAGAGACUACGAUCACAAAAAGAGAGAAUGGCCACUGUCAAAGAGAUCUUAAACUUAGAUAUUGUCCGUAAAGAGGGAUUACCAAAUGAUUUAUUUCAUUUUUUAUUUAGAAAAUGUCCUAUGGCAUGACAUUAGAGUGCAGUUCUUUUUGUCUGUUUGUCUCCCCAAAAACGUGCUGUGCCUGGCUGCUCCUUUGAUUUUAAUCACACAUUGAUUAACUAUCCCCACAACAAACAUCAUAUUAAUUUACAAGUUCAAUUGUACAAAGAAAAGAUAAUCUAUACAUUCAAACAUUGUCUGUUACAUUUGAUUUUCUUUGGGUUAAGUCUCAACUAGAAGAAACAUGUGGUUCCUGAUUGACUUUUUUAAAAUGUUCAUCUUAUAAAAAGUCAAGGCCAAUGUAUGCCGACGUCUUUGUCACUUGUCCUAAGAGGUUUCAAAAUGUUUUUCUUAUUUCCGUCAAACGUGUCCUAAUGAGUCCAUUUCAUCUGUCCAAAAAAAACGCAACAUUUGAGCUUCUGUAUCACACAGAGGUUUAAAGAGUAGGCUGCUAUCAUUGUACUCAAGCAACAGUACUGGGGUAAAUACAUUUUAAAUAUGUUAAUGCUAGAAAGUAAAUUGCAUUAAAUGUCCACUUCUACACGAGUGGAUACACAUCAACAAGAAGACCCCUUACAUCAGCAGACUGGGAAUACAACUGAUUAAAUUAACGUUGAAUGAAUAACUUUGCCUUCCAAAAUGAAUAUAAAUAACACUGCCUUUCAAAAUGAAUCAUUCCAAGAGUUAAGAGAGGGAAAAAAAAAACAUUAGACAAAAAAAAAGAAAAGACAACAAAUAAAACGAGCUAUGGACGGAGCAGCACAAAACAACCACCUGUCACUGCAAACGAUGUAGACAGCGAAGCAGAGACCGCACGGUUUCUACACGCCUCGGAGCGCGCACGCAAGCUAGUUGCUAGGCAACAACGUCCUCUGUCCGCGGGUCGCUGCGGCUCAUCUGUCCCGCAGACCGCAGUCCGCCCCUGGCCGCAUGUCCUGUUUCGAGCCAGAGGACACCGCGAACACAUGUAGCGUGCGGGGCCGUGUCCAAUAGCAUGGUUACAAUCCUAAACACGUGAUCUCCAAUCGUAUCUUGGUCCCGUGAACGCAAACGUCUAUAAAGUCGUCAUUUCCGGGCUCACCUGCAGCUUCGUCUCCGUAUCUCUUCUGUUCUGUUCCAUUCUCACAAAACGUAUCAGGACUUUAUCAUGUGACCUUAGUUUUAACCUGUAGCGACUUGAAACGUAAGUUCAAUACUUGUGACAAGUAGUAAGUAGGCUGAGCUACUUCAGUAAAAGUAAAAUCACAGAUGAAAGAAAAGAAGUGUUUCAACACCACGUUUCACUGAAAUAUUCUCAAUAAUGAUGACAAUCAAUAUUCCAUGGACAGACAGAAAGUAUUAUUUGAGAUAACUGGAAUGUAUUACGGGGAAAUACUACCCAAAUACUUAGCCAUGAGCAUACACACAGAAAUCCCCAAACUAGUAUUGAUACUCCUACUACAUCUUUAGGGUUUUGCAGAAGAAGCGUCAAACCUGACGUUGCGAUUUCAAAUAUGACUGUGAUACUGUGACAUGGAACCAUCAUAAUUCCAAAAAAUAUGUCAAUCACAUUUCAUUACUUUCCAUUUUCCUAGGGAGCAAAUGUAGUAGUCUAAAUGAGCUUUGAAUUUGACUGAGAUCCUUGUGGAGUGAUUCAAAGGACUAAACCACCAUGCUUUAUGAAGAAAACACAAUCAAGUGACCUGUUGUAUUUCUCAUGUAUUGAUACAAAGAGCACAGAUUCUCAGACCUUUAAACGACGAGGCUCCCAACUGUACUGUAAAUGCAUUUUUUGUAAUUUAUAAUAGAACUUGUUUGUCAUGCUAGCUGCUAAAUUUAGCCAAUAUGAGGUUCGGGUCUUUUUUUAUUUUCUCUUAGAACCCCGUAGGAACCUUUUCAAGGAUGUGAUGCUUUUCAAGGUGAGAACCACCGCUUUAGCGAGUAGAGCCCAAUUCCACACACUCUGAAUCUAGCACUGUAUUACAGGGUUGGGGUCGAUUCAGAAUGCCUUGAUGGAGUAAAACACACAUUACACAAUAACAUGAAACAGUGUUAGAGCAUGAGACCAAUUAAAGGUAGUAUGAAUUAAAACACAAACUGUAGUUUCUUUUCUUUCUUUUGUUUUUAAACUCUCAGUGAAAUUGACCCCAACCUUGCCUAAGCCAUCAGUCUUUAUAAAAGUACACUGUUUCCAGAUAAUUGAUAAAAUAUAUUUGAACAACCUUAGCCAGCUCUUAUACGGUGUUUGUUUGUAGGUCCCGAGGCUGUCUGUUUUGUAAAAAAAACAAAACUAAUUUUUACCUGUUGACUUUCUAUGCUGUCGUUCCUGUGUAAAUGUUCUAUUGUUCCGUGCAUGUUGUAACUCUGGCGUUGUAACUGGUUGUGAUUCACACAGAGCCAGUACCUGUCACGUAAAAAAAAAAAGUGUCUCUAUGUCCGCAGAUAUUUCUAUUUCAAGCAAAAUCUCCCUUGGAUGACUUAAAUGAAAUAAAUCAAAUCACUUUACAUUUUGA